AUGGCCCAGCCAGAUAUCACUAUUCCAGAUGCCCCUCGAGACCAGCCUCGAGACGAGCCAGCUGAGCCUCAUACUUCCGAGGUUGAACGACAACGACCACGCGAUGCCGAUCAUCCUCCGCCAGGAAACACACACGUGCACAAUGCCAUCCCGCCCAUCCCCAACGGCUUCUCGACAUCUCCGCCCAAGUCGAUCUUGAAAGAGCGAGACGAAGAGUUUUCCGAGUAUGCGGAACGCAUUUUUUCUCAGUUUCUGGUCUUCACGGUGCCGAGUUACUUGCAACACUAUGUCACCGGUGCCGAACCCGAACCGCCGAAACGAUCACAAGGCAUUGCUGCAUUGGACGGAUUGAGAGGCUGGGCAUGUCUCCUCGUCUUCAACUUUCACUUUUUCUUCACAUAUACAUGGGACACCCACGUCGGAUGGGGCUUCAACAAGCAGAAUUUCGGCCUCCAUAAGCUGCCCAUCGUUCACCUCCUUUUCUCCGGCCAUAUCAUGGUCGCCAUCUUCUUCGUCAUCUCCGGCUAUGUCUUGUCGUACCGACCCCUCAAGACUAUCCGGAGUAAAUCCUUCGAGCAGACAUUCAGCGUCCUCUCCUCGGCGACCUUUCGCCGUGGCUUUCGCCUCUACGUCCCCUCGGUAGUCGGCAUGUUUUGCGUGUUUAUCGCCGUCCGAUUGGGUCUCUACAACUAUUCGAACUGGGUUGUCGCGAAAGGGCGGACGGUUACCGGGACGAACGAGCAAAACCCGAUUAUUUUGAGCUCGACAUAUAUUCAGUUUUGGGACUUUUACCGCACUCUGUGUCGAUUGUCGAAUUUUUUCGACUGGGGCUUGUACUACAACAACUACAACCCUCACUUGUGGACUAUUCCUGUGGAGUUCCGCAGCUCGAUUGUGCUUUUCGUCACCAUUUUAGGUACUAGUCGGUUCACAACCCGGGUGCGUGUAAGUCUCGAGGCUUUGACCCUUUGGUUUUGCAUGCGAUGGGGUCGUUGGGAGGUGGUGCUCUUUCUCAGCGGGUUGCUGCUAGCCGAGAUAGACCUCAUCAACGGCAUCUGGACGGCACCAUCUUCGCCCGAACCACUUACAGAAAAGCACGCCAACGCUGGCCCCGUUCGACAGUUUGUCCAUCGACGACACGAGGAACUCUGGCUCGCUGCUUUCAUAGUUGGUCUCUAUGUCGGCUCCACGCCAAAUUCCGGAUAUCCAUACACACCCGGAUUUGGCUGGUUGGCCAAAAUCACGCCAGCACCGUACCCCGAACCGCAUCGCUUCCCGCAGACAAUUGGUGCAGUGCUGAUUGUGGCAAGCAUCAACAACUGCAAGAAGGUCCAAAAGCUUUUUGUAAAUCCACUAUCCCACUACCUCGGCCAGAUCUCAUACUCCUUUUAUAUCGUACACGGUCCCGUCCUUCACGGCUUUGGAUAUGUUUUGAUGUAUAAUAUCUGGGGAAUUACCGGCCGCGCAACCAAUUUUCAAUUCCUGGCCGGCGCGUUCCUUGGCUGGAUCAUCUGCCUGCCAAUGGCGCUGUGGCUUGCUGACAUUUUUUGGAGAGCUGUCGAUCUGCCCAGUGUUAAACUUGCGCGUCAGUUGGAAAACAAACUAUUGAACGUGCUUCAAUAUUGA